AUGCAAGCAGAAUUCGAAUCGCUUGAGAACAAUAACACUUGGACACUUGUUCAAGAACAGAAAGAUAGAAAAGUUUUACCUGGAAAAUGGGUAUACAAAGUCAAGUAUGGAGCAGAUGGUCAAAUUGUUAAGUACAAAGCUAGAUGUGUAGCAAAACUGCAAAAGGUUUCGCUCAAGUCGAAGGCUUGGACUUUUUCGAUACUUAUACGCCCCUACAUGCAAACCAGAGACUUUCAGAAUCUUGUUAGCAAUUGCACAGAAAGAUCUACAUCUUGGUCAAAUGGAUGAAAAAUCAGCUUAUCUUCACUCAAUCAUUGAAGAAGAAAUUUAUCUUGAGCAACCCGAAGGUUUUGUCAAGCAAGGAGAAAACGGACAGAAACUAGUGUGCAAAUUAAAUAAAUCUAUCUAUGGUCUUAAGCAAGCAGCAAGGAAUUGA